AUGGAUCCUGCCACCGAUCCUUCAUUACCUUCAAUGGAUGAUCCACAUUUGGAAUCGAAAUCACCUCUAACUCCGACAACGGGAGAAAGAUCAGCUUCCACUCCGCCUGGAAAGCAAGAAACUAUCUCAUCUGAUGCCACAUGUAGAGUCUGUAGAGGUGAAGCUACUGAUGACAACCCUUUAUUCCAUCCAUGUAAAUGUAAAGGCUCCAUUAAAUAUAUUCAUGAAUCAUGUCUCUUAGAGUGGAUUGCUUCUAAAAAUUUAGAUAUAAGUAAACCAGGCACAAAGGUCAAUUGUGAUAUUUGUCAUUAUCCAAUACAUUUCAAAACUACUUAUGUGGAAGAUAUGCCUGAUAGAAUUCCAUUAACUGUGCUCAUAAAGAAAAGUAUAUUAUCGUUAUUAGGUAAAUUACGUGUUAUUUUAACGCUAUCAUUGACUGUUAUAUUAUUGGGAUUCGGCAUACCAAUAGCAUGGAAUGUGUUUGGUAAGCUAUAUACUUUUGCACUAGAUGGUGGAGAGUUACCAAUUAAAAAUGAGUUUUGGAAAAGUGUGUUGUUUGGCUAUAAUGAAAUCACAGACCCAAGUAUUUUACAAAAUUUAUCAUUGGCUGAUAUAUUAACACAGUUAUCAUCCAACGUUAGUAGCUCAGUUAUACAAAUCUCUUUGAUUAUUAUCUUACAUAUUGCACUUUAUUUCCAAUAUGAUAUGAUCGUUAGGGAGGACGUCUUUAAUAAAAUGGUAUUUCAUAAAAUAGGUCCAAAACUUUCCACCGAUGACAUCAAGGAACGUUUAAGAGCAAGAUUCCCAAUGAUAGAUGAACAAAUGUUAAAUCACUUGGCAGAAGCUAUGAGAGCCCGUGAAUUAGGUGCAAAUCAACCAGCUAACGCUGCUGAUGAUCAUCAGAAUCGUCCAAAUGUGGAGGAUGCGCAUCAGAGACAAAAUCACAAUAUUCGUAGACCUCAACAUAACCAUAUGGCAGUUUUAGAAGGAAGUGAUGAAGAUGAAUAUAAUGACCCAGAUUUUGUUCCACAUGAUCAUACAGACGAGUCGGACAAUAUAUCUUUAAAUCCAGACGAAAAUGAAGAUGAAUUAGUGCAAGAUGAAGAAUUACAUGAUAUGUGGAAUGAUAAUGAACAGCAUCAUGAACCACAACAACACCAACAGGUGCGCCCGGAAAAUAUGGAUGAUCACAUGGAAAACCCUUUUGAGGGGUUGAUGAAUCGUCGUGCUCAAAAUCAAUUUGAUCGUUUAAUUGAUGAGCAACGUCAACAACAACAAGCAAACAACAACGUUCAAGGAGUAGACCCAAUCCAUAUCGAUGUUCAAGAACAAGAAGCUGACCCUUUACAACAGGAACAACAAGGUGCGCCUUUGAUAUUGAAUAUUAGAUUAAGACUGUUUGAUGUAUUCUUAUAUUUCACAAUAGGCAUUACAUUUGCUAUUUCCUACCUAUUGAUCUCAUAUUUCAUUCCAACUGCUAUAGGUUAUGGUUUAUUGAAAUUAUAUUUUGGAAUCGUUAAGAUUAUUAUCCGUGGUUUAGUCCAGUUGUAUUAUUUAACAAAAAUAAAUAAAGCUUAUGAAACUGUUUCAUUGAAACUGCCAUUCUUGAACCAAAUCACCGCCUGGAUUGGAACAGAGAUUAUCAACGGCUACAUUUUGUACUACUAUAAUGGAUAUCAAAAGAACGCAAUGAAAACCUCGUUCUGUAUGAGAGCGUUACCCACUGCUACCACUUACUUCACGGCAAUUGCAAUUAUAUGCAUUGCUUCGGAAUGGAUUUGUAAAGGUUAUAGUCGUACACAUGGUAUGCCAGGGAAAUUCAAAAGAUUAGCCUUCCAAUUAUUGUUCGCCUUUAAAUGUACUUUCAAAGUGUUUACCCUUUUCUUUAUUGAAUUAGCAGGGUUCCCAAUACUAGCAGGUGUAAUGAUAGAUCUUUCCUUAUUUACUCCAGUUCUAAAAUCUUACAAAAACUUCCUAUGCAUCCCAGAACUUACUGAAUUCUGGCCUCCUUCUGCCUUCUUCAUCUAUUGGACUAUAGGUACAUUAUACAUGUACUGGUUUGCGAAAUACAUUGGCAUGAUUAGACAAGAUAUCAUUAGACCGGGUGUUUUGUUCUUUAUUAGAUCUCCAGAAGACCCAAAUAUUAGGAUUUUACAUGAUAGUUUAAUACAUCCUAUGAAUAUUCAAUUAUCAAGGUUAUCCCUUUCUAUGUUUAUAUAUGCAGUUUUCAUUAUUGCUGGGUUUGGAUUCCAUACAAGGUUUUUCUUCCCACUUGUUUUGAGAUCCAAGGUACUCCAAAUCGGUGAACAAAACGAAAAACUUGAGUUUAAUACUAUUUUCUUCAUGUUAAAUACCUUCUAUCUAGCUAAGAAAGUAUUAGAAUCAAACAAAAAUGUUAAAAGGUUAGUUAAGGAGUAUUGGACAUCAAUUUUCAAUAUCUCUUCUAAAAAAUUACGUUUAUCAUCAUUCAUACUCGGAAAAGAUAUUCCAACUGAAAGGGGUCAUAUAUUGUAUCGUAAUAUGUUUUACAAGUUUUUGGCGAAUAAUAAAGCUAAAUGGUCUAAUCCAGAAUUAUAUUCUGAUCCUAAAACAACUUUACAAGCAAAACAAUUAUUCCAAGAGAAUAAAUCAGUGCAUGCCUAUUUUAUACCCGAUGGUGUUUUGUUACGUGUACCAUCGUCGGAUAUUGUUUCAAGGAAUUAUGUCCAAACUAUGUUUGUUCCAGUAACAAAAGACGAUCAAUUAUUGAAGCCAGUUGAUUUAGAACGUAUAAAGGAAAGAAAUAGGCGUAACGCAGGUGAAUUCGGUUACUUAGAUCAACAAAACACAGAAUUUGAUGAAUACUUCAUUUGUUAUGUCCCACCAAAUUUCCGCCCAAGGUAUAUCAUAUUGAUUAUCCUAAUGUGGUUAUUUGCUUCUGUUUUGAUGCUAUCAUUAGCAUUUGUUAGUCAAAUGGCAUCUAACAUCGUAUUGGCGGCCAUAGUAUUACCAAUCGCAAGAUUGAUGAACGAAAAUUAUUACCAAACAAUGAGUAAUAUAUUAGCCAGGCGGCUCAAGAGGGCGUCAUUCCAUGGUAUUGCGAUCGGUGCUGUUGCGCUAACCUAUUUUUAUGAUAGAUAUAAAAUUUACCAAGCAUCAAUACAUGGCAGAAAUGAGCAUGUUGUCAAUGAAAAUGAACAUGCACAUCCAGAAGAAGAAGUUCACCCACAAGUAGAAGAUUUUGAUCUUAAUAAUGAAGCACAGGAUAUUGUUGGGGUCAUUGUUGAAAGCACUUUUUUCAAGAUGAUAUUAGGAUUUUUACUGUCUAUUGUCAGUACUUCUUUGGCAUAUUUCGAUAUUUUAAUUAAUGUUGAAUACGGCUUGAGACUUUCUUGCAGUUACAUAUUUUUGACUGUACCGACUCUAAUCUCUCUAAAAGAGUACAUACCAUACGAUUUUGAGAAAUUCUAUUAUCUAUACCAGGUGGCUUCUUUCCCUUAUAUUUUCAAAACAUUAUUUUCAUCUAUCAAAAUAUUCCAUGAACAUGGAAAUGUAGAUACUUUGACAUUUUUAAAAAUUUAUGUUACAAAGCUGUAUGAAGAUACUUUGAAGAAUAUGUUGGUGAGGACUAUACCACUAUUAAUUCUACUUCUUAUAUUUUCUGUUUUGGAUAUUAUUUUGAACCCAGGGCUAUAUUCCGGUUAUAAUGAAGUUACAUCGUUCUUACUAGAAGUCAGACUUUCCUCAACUCCGACAGAUAUCCCGUGGACCUUAACACAACAUUUGUACUACUGUACUCUAUCUAUCUUCGUUAUAGGAUACAUCAUCUGGGAAACUAAAUCACUUUACCAAAAGUGGUCAAAAUUUAUUGUUCAAAACGUCAAAGACGAAGUUUAUGCAAAGGGUCGAUCAUUAGAAAAUUUGCCGGACGAAAUAACAGAAGAUUCUAGCGACCUGUUACAAGAUUAG